AGCUGGAUGGCGAGUGGGUGCGCGUGAGGCCUGGGAGGGCCGGGCCGUAGGUUGGCAGAGCGGGGGUGGGGAACGGUUUUCGAGACGGUGGCCUUGGCCUGUCUCUGCGCCGUCCGCGGGGUUUUCUCACUUGUGUUCCCUUACCAAUUCAUACAGUACGAAACGAGCGGGCAGCUCUCUGUUUCUUGUUCCAGUAUGUAACGAAGCGGGAAUAGGAGCCCGCUGUUGACAGCUAUGAAGUGUGUGCGUGUACGCACCGCUUGUGGUCAGAGUAAAUAUUUCGGUGAAAUUCUCACCAACUGAAACAUUUCAGCUGCAUGAAAAGUUCCUUUUCAUUCAGGCUCUGAAAAAUGUUAUCGCGCAUAAUUUGAGAAGUACUGGCGUGAUGGACUAGCAUGUGCUCUUUUAUUUAAUCCCCAUGCACUGCCUAAGUACGAUGGUGAGCAAAUGUCUAAAGAUUUGCUUAAUAUUGUUCUAGAGCGGCAUUGUUAAACUGGGUUUGUUGCCUGUGAGCUCUCAUAAAGCUGAUGUUUUCCAUUCGGUUGCCUUUCUUUUAUUUAUGCAGAUGACCAUGCUGAUCAGACAGGCCUGAGAGGUACCCUUCAGCACUGCAACUGGAAAACACAGCUGAAAUCCAGUAGUACUCUGCCUGUCUCUCUGACUGAAAUAAAAAGCAGCAUGCUCACUUUGAAGAGACUUUUCAGCACUUCACACCCAUCAGUGGAUUUAAAGGAAAUGAAAAAAUUCCAGCGUCUCGCGCAUAAGUGGUGGGAUGAAGAAGGAGAAUAUUCAGCCCUUCAUUCUAUGAAUGAUAUUAGAGUGCCAUUUAUUAGAGAUACUCUGUUGAACAUGAGUAGUAAUUAUCAUCUGGGAAAUCCACUUUCUGGAGUAAAGAUUCUCGAUGUUGGCUGUGGUGGUGGACUGCUAAGUGAGCCUUUAGGUAGACUGGGAGCUUCGGUUACUGGAAUUGAUCCUCUGGAGGACAACAUUAGAACAGCAGAUCAGCACAAGUCAUUUGAUCCGGUCCUGGCCAAGAGAAUACAGUACAAGUCCAGUUCACUGGAGGAGAUUGUGGAAGAAUCUAUGGAAACCUUUGAUGUAAUUGUAGCUUCUGAAGUAGUGGAGCAUGUGGCUGACCUUGAAAUGUUUAUCAAGUGUUGCUCUCGGGUCUUAAAGCCUGAAGGUUCUUUAUUCAUUACUACAAUCAAUAAGACACAGUUGUCCUAUGUCCUGGGAAUUGUGGUUGCAGAAAAAAUAAUGGGCAUUGUACCAGAAGGAACACAUGAGUGGGAGAAGUUUGUUCCCCCAGAAGAGCUGGAGCGCCUCCUGGAAUCAAAUGGCUUGUCAGUCAAGACUGUGAAUGGGAUGUUGUAUAAUCCCCUCUCGGGGUCAUGGAGCUGGAUGGAAAGCACGAGUGUUAACUAUGCAAUGCACGCUGUGAAGUCUGGGCUUCAGGGACAGUCAAGCCCAACAGACGUCCCGUCAGAGGUGGAAAGUGAACAGCCCUCAGCCACAGCUGGUACUACCAUGUGACUGUCUGAGAUGUGUGGUGACGGACUGUCACCAGAACAGAAAAGAAGGUUUUACCCAGAUGGACAUAAUAAAACCUUUUGUA